AUGUGUGCGGAAAAUAUCGCGAAAAAUAAACGUGGAACGAUUUGUUGUGUUGUUGGGUGCUUAUCAAGAGGAAAUCCGGGUUUAAGUUUUUACCGGUUUCCCAAAAAAACGUGGGAAUCCGAGCGCAAAAAAAAAUGGAUAAAUUCUGUGCGUCGAAUAACCGUCAAAGGCAAACCU